UGCGUGCGCCGUGCGUUCUGUCUUGAUCAAAAUCUUGGAUCAUCCUUGGUUCGCAAUGUCUAAAUUGCUCUUGAAGUGGGACAAUUUUGGCUAUCAGAAUAGUGAGAUUCGUACUGCACUCGUUUUCGGCAUUAACGCCGAAAAUGUAAUUAUUGUCCUCCAAAAUGAUGAGGUGCUUGCUCUUGGAACAAAUCAAAUUUAUUGCCUUGGAACUGGCGUCGAAGGUGAGGUGAAAGAGCUCAAGCGCAUUGAGAAUUUAUGUGGGCAAAGAAUCGAAGGGUUUGAAUUUACUGGCGUUGGUUGCUUAUUCUGCUUAUUUGCCAUUUGUGAAUCUGGUUCCGUAUUCUCUUGGGGAGGAAAUGGAUAUGGACAGCUUGGAUUAGGAACCACAGGAUACACCCAAGUGCCCACUAAAAUUUUGGGUUGUCUAGAGCAGAAAAAGGUUGUCCAAGUGGCCUGUGGCGGUGAUCAUACACUAGCUUUGACGUCGGAGGGAGAGGUUUACGCUUUCGGUCGAAAUGCUAAUGGAGAAUUAGGUUUGGGUACCACAGACAGGCACUUUCUUCCACAGAGGGUUGGCGGACUGCUGGACGGGAAAAUUGUAACCUCAGUUGCAUGCCAGAUGGACUCUUCUCUUGCGCUCCUUCGUUCUGGACAGAUUUGCGCUUGGGGUAGCAACUUAAGAGGCAAGUUGGGCCUACCUUCAACCUCAGUCCAGGAAUGUAGUCCCUGCAUGGUGCUCGGCCUGGAAGGUGUUGUGAUUUACAAAAUCGUCUGUGGAAUCCGUUUCACUCUCGCUUUGUCUGACGAUGGAAAAAUUUACUCCUGGGGAGACAACUUUAGAGGCUACUUGGGAAAUGGGACUACCAAAAUUGUCAAGAGACCAGCUAUUAUUUCACAAGAGAUGGGAAGGGUUAAAGACAUUGCUGCCACUCAAAACUUAAGCCACCCGUGCGCUGCCAUCAAUGAAAAGAACCACGUUUACUGCUGGGGCAGUUGCAAUGACCAAAUUGUUGAGAAACCAAUGCUAACUUCCUUCUCGUCAUUUGACGAAGUUUAUGUCGAUGCCUCUCCUCCAAUAACCUACCAUCGUUUUCAAUCGAAAAAUACGAAUUAUGGGAGGAAGAUGAAAGGCUCGGUAAUUGAGCGUUUUCAAAGAGCGUUUGACAAUCCUGAAACUACUGAUUUUGCAUUCAUUGUCGAGGGGAAGAAAAUCCACGUUCACAAGAAUCUGUUGACUGUUGGCAGCGACGUGUUCAAGAAUUUGUUCCUGGGUAAUUGGAAGGACAGUCACCAAAAAGAGCUGAUUGUCGAGGAUCACAGCUACGAUGCCUUCUACGCGUUCCUCAAGUACUUCUACACUGAUGAAAUUGAUCAUGAAAUCCCACCUGAACUUGUUCUUGAUUUGUAUUCCGUAGCCCACUUCUAUCAGGUGACUGAUCUGUUGGAUGAGUGCGAGAAGAUUCUCAAAUCUGGCCUGUCUGUCCAAAUCGCUGCUGCUGUGUAUGAGAAGGCAAUUUUGUUUGGAGCUAAGGACUUGUGUGAGUUCUGCAUGAAAUUUUGCAAGGAGCAUUUGCUUGAAGUCUUGGAAAAUUUUGAUUCUGAUGACUGCAAGAGAGAAUUCAUCUUGGAGGUUUACCGUCGGGCGGCUAAUCAAAAGAAAAACUGAUGAAAUAGUUUUUCUUGUGAUUUUGCUACAAUGCACGUAUUCCAAAUAUGCUCUUUAAG